AUGCCCAAGGAGAUCCGAGACAUCAAGGAGUUCCUCGACGUUGCCCGGAGAAAGGAUGCCCGUGAGGCGAGGAUUAAGAAGAUCGCGGUAGCGGGCGCGAAGACAAGGACAAAGUUCAAAAUUCGGUGCUCGCGCUACCUCUACACGCUCUCGCUGGAUGACUCUGAGAAGGCAAAGAAACUCCAGCAGAGCCUGCCACCAGGUCUCAACAUCGUUGAGAUCAAGAAGACGCCCAAAAAGAAGUAA